CUCAAAACAAGUCGGUUUUUCGUUCAAUGAUAACAGACGUUCGGAUUUCUGAAUAUUUCAUUCUUGUCAUAUUUCUAAAACACUGAAGUAAUUCAUUAUCAGAGACAUUUUAAACUAAACAAAUACUAUGCGCGACGCAAAUGCAAACGAACGAACUGCACUUACCACUGGUACUGGUGGUGCAGAUUCAUUCGAAAUUUCCCCUAAAGAUCUACAGAAAUUAAUGGACUGUCGUAAAUUGGAGGCUGUUAAAUAUCUUAAUGAAAAAUACGGUGGAGUUGUAGGAUUAUGUCGAUUACUAAAAACAUCUCCACAAGAUGGUUUACAUGAAGAUGAUUUCUCUAAACGUAUUAAUACAUUCGGUGCUAAUGUUAUACCACAACAACGUGCUAAAACAUUUUUAAGAUUAAUGUGGGAAGCUUUACAAGAUUUAACAUUAAUUGUUUUAAUUGUUGCUGCAUUCAUUUCACUUGCAUUAUCACUUUAUAUAAAAUAUGGACAAGCACCAACAUUUGAUGAAUCGGAAGGACAAGCUGGUUGGAUUGAAGGUUUAGCCAUUCUAAUUGCUGUAUUUGUUGUUGUAUUUGUUGUGGCAUUGAAUGAUUGGCAAAAAGAACGACAAUUUCGUGGUUUACAAAAUAAAAUUGAAUCAGAGCAUACAUUUUUUGUUAUACGUAAAGGUGAUACUAAACAAAUUCCUGUAAAAGAAAUUGUUGUUGGUGAUGUAUGUCAAGUGAAAUAUGGUGAUCUCCUACCAGCUGAUGGUAUAGUGAUACAAUGUAAUGAUUUAAAAAUUGAUGAAAGCUCUUUAACUGGUGAAUCGGAUCAAGUAAGAAAAAGUGAAACAAAAGAUCCUGUCCUACUUUCAGGCACUCAUGUUAUGGAAGGUUCCGGUAAAAUGGUUGUUACUGCCGUUGGACCGAAUUCACAAGCUGGUAUAAUAUUUGCUUUGCUAUCUUCUGGUUCUCAUGAUGAACAUGGUGGCGGUGGUCAAGAGAACAAAAAAGAGAAAAGCAAAACUAAAAAGAAUGAUAAAAAAGGGAAAAAGAACACUAACAAAGUACCAUCUGCUAAUUCCGAUGCUUAUCAAAUGAAAUCAAAGGAGAAUAAAACAAAAACUGAAUCUGAUACAGAACAGACUUCGAAACCGAAGAAAAAACCACGUCGUAAAGAACAAUCUGUGUUACAAGCAAAAUUAACUAAAUUAGCCAUACAAAUUGGUUAUGUUGGUACAUGUGUUGCAAUAGCUACUGUCCUAAUAUUAAUCAUAAAAUUUUCAGUACAUACAUUUGCACAAAAUAAAGAACCAUGGCAAACUGGAAAACAUUUGAAACAAAUAGUUAAUUAUAUUAUUACUGGUGUGACAGUAUUAGUUGUUGCUGUUCCCGAAGGUUUACCACUUGCUGUAACUUUAUCAUUGGCAUAUUCAGUGAAACGUAUGAUGAAAGAUAAUAAUCUAGUUCGACAUUUAGAUGCAUGUGAAACAAUGGGCAAUGCAACAGCGAUUUGUUCAGACAAAACUGGUACAUUAACUACAAAUCGUAUGACAGCUGUUCAAUGUUUUGUUGGUAAUAAACAUUAUAAACGUAUACCGACAGCUUCAGAAUUACCAGAAUCUAUCAUCAAUCUCAUAGUAAUGAAUAUAUCCAUCAAUAGUGGAUAUACAUCGAAACUUUUGCCUCCCGAUAAUCCAAAUGCUUUACCUAAACAAGUUGGAAAUAAAACAGAAUGUGCUUUAUUAGGUUUUGUCAAAUCUAUUGGACGUAGCUAUGAAGAUAUACGUACACAAUGGAGUGAAGAACGUUUAUAUAAAGUGUACACAUUUAAUUCAAUACGUAAAUCCAUGAGUACAGUUAUUAAAGAAUCAGAUAAUCCAAUGUCAUUUUUAUUGUUUACCAAAGGUGCUUCAGAAAUGGUUGUUAAAUGUUGUUCUUGGAUGAUGGAUGAACAAAAUAAACCAAGACCAUUCAGUCUACAAGAUCAAGAACGUUUAACUGAAGCAGUUAUUGAACCAAUGGCAGGUGAAGGUCUUCGAACCAUUGGCAUAGCUUAUAAAAAAAUUACAAUAGCUACAAAUUCAAAAAGUCCAAAUGAUAUGAUUGUACAAAGUGAACCGAAUUGGGAUGAUGAAGAACAUUUAUUAGAAGGUCUUACUUUAUUAGGUAUUAUUGGAAUUGAAGACCCAGUUCGACCAGAAGUACCAGCUGCUAUACGUCAAUGUCAAAAAGCCGGUAUCACUGUACGUAUGGUAACUGGUGAUAAUGUAAAUACAGCACGAUCAAUUGCAAUGAAAUGUGGUAUUAUACAACCAGGUGAAAAUUUUCUUGUUAUUGAAGGUAAAGAAUUUAAUCGACGUAUUCGUGACAAAGCAACUGGUAAAGUUAGACAAGAUUUAUUUGAUCAAGUAUGGAUUAAUUUAAGAGUAUUGGCUAGAUCUUCACCUCAGGAUAAAUACACAUUAGUCAGUGGGAUAAUUAACAGUCGUGCAGCACCGUCACGUCAAGUAGUCGCUGUCACUGGUGAUGGUACAAAUGAUGGUCCAGCGUUGAAACGUGCAGAUGUUGGUUUUGCAAUGGGUAUAGCUGGUACAGAUGUAGCAAAAGAAGCAUCCGAUAUUAUAUUGACAGAUGAUAAUUUUUCAAGUAUUGUUAAAGCUGUUAUGUGGGGUCGUAAUGUAUAUGAUUCAAUUACAAAGUUUUUACAAUUUCAAUUAACUGUAAAUUGUGUGGCAAUUAUUGUUGCAUUUGCUGGAGCAUGCUUUUUAGAUGAUAGUCCAUUGAAAGCUAUACAAAUGUUAUGGGUCAAUUUAAUUAUGGAUACAUUGGCUAGUUUAGCGUUGGCUACAGAACAACCAUCAGUGGAAUUAUUAGAUCGUGCACCAUAUGGACGUACUCAACCAUUGAUCAGUAGACAAAUGGCUAAAAAUAUCUUAGGUCAUUCUUUAUAUCAAUUGGGUGUUAUAUUUUUCUUAUUAUUUUAUGUUCAAUUAAUAAUGGAAGUCGAUAAUGUAUCGGGGAUAACAGUACAUGAACCAACACAACAUUAUACUAUAAUAUUUAAUGCUUUAGUAUUAAUGACAUUAUUUAAUGAAUUUAAUGCAAGAAAAAUUCAUGGACAACGUAAUGUAUUUAGUGGUUUACAUAGAAAUCCAUUAUUUAUUAUAAUUUGGUUUGUAACAUUUUUAUUACAAGCAUUAAUUAUACAAUUUGGUUCAUAUGCAUUCAGUACAAAAGCAUUAGAAUUAGAUCAAUGGGCUUGGUGUUUAUUCUUUGGUGUUGGUGAACUUGUCUGGGGUCAGGUUGUUAAUACAGUACCAAAUGCAAUUAUACCAAAAUGUAAAUGUCGUAAACGUAAACGUCCUACAGUUGUCGGUGUUAACGAAAAUGCAGCUGAUGAAUACAUUAAAGAUGCGAUUGAAGUCGGUGAAGCUGAUGAAGAAGAAGAUGAAAUCUCUCCAUUAUCACUAGGUGGUGCUAAUAUGGGAAUUGGUGGACGUAUUUUAUGGAUUCGUGGUGUAAAUCGUAUUCAAACACAGAUGCAAGCUGUAAGUGGCCUUUCACGAAAGUAACUAACUAAACUCCUUGUGGGGUUGUUUGUUUGUUUGUUUUUAUUAUUUUUUUUUAUACAUAAAGAAAAACGAUUGCUUCGGUGUUGUUCCUGUUCCUGUUGUUGUUGUUGUUGUCGAUGUCGUUGUUGUUGUUGUUGUUAUAUGUGAUAUAACGUUUUCCAGCUUUUGUUUAGCUUUCAUUUUAUUAUCGCUGUGGUUGUUAUGUUUCACUUAUGCAUACUACCCUUAUACCUACUUAUCUUAUAUUCAACUAUUUGUGUGCAUAUUUGUUCUUUAUUUUUGUUGUUGUUUUGUUAUUUGUUUUACUUCAAUCUCCUUAUUAUUUAUUAGAUUGUCAAAUCAUUAGUCAACUAUGCUAUCUUCAAUCAAUUUAGUUGCCAUGACAACAUCUAAUCAUAUUCAUAAUUCUUUACUUCUAUUUAAAGAGAUCUUUUUCUCUUUUUUGUUGUUGUUUUGUCCUCUUUACUUUGUUCUAUUAUUUACUUCUUUUAAAAGAACACAAAACAAACUGUUUUUAAGCAACAAAUAAAACAUUUAUAUAUAUAUAUAUAUAUAUAUAUAUAUAUAUAUAUAUAUAUAUAUAUAUAUAUAUAUAUAUAUACUUAUACAUAUUUAGGGAAACAAGGUGUCUAAUUUGACUGAAUGGUUUGUUUUUGAAUACCAUUAAAUUACAUAAUAACUAUCUAUGUCAUCUGUUCCAUUGUAUUUUUAUAAUUAGAAUAAUGAACAUUAAAACUAUUUGAGUAGGGUUGUUUGAUUUUGGGUUGUUUUUUUUUUAAUUUUUACGGAAGAAAAUCGAUAGGUUAAUUUAGUUGAUAAGGCACAUUUCCAUUAAAGGAUCAUGUUCAUUAUAACAUCAUAAAAAGGAGGUAUAAAUAAUCAAUGAAAUGAGCUCAUAUAUUUUGAUUGAUUAUGUAAUAAAAUCGAUUAGUUAGUUCAUUUCUCUAUUUAUCCACGUGAAUGUAUAAUUCAAUUAUAUUGACUUCUAAUCGGAUCUAUUUUUUUGUUUUCUAAUUAAGUAUAGGGAUCAUGGUAUAUCCAUUAAUUGAUGAAACUUGAAACAGGUACCCUAAGCUGUAUGAGAUUUUAUGAAUGAGAAUGUGUAAAAAUAAUGAAGGAUCUCUACAAAACACAAACUCUUUAAUAUCGAAAUGAAUGAUAAAUUAAUCAGUGGAGUUCAACCAGGUCUGUUGUCAGGUAUCAGCUCACUGAAGACAAUUGUAUACGGUAGCGCAACUUCAUGGAUUGGUUGAAGUUAGACAUUGACACCAUUGGAUACUGGCUCAGUGGUCUAGUUGGUUAAGCGCUUGGCGUGAGACUGAUAGGUCCUGGGUUCGAAUCUCGUGGGGUGCGGGAUCGUGGAUGCACACCGCUGAUGAGUCCCAUACUAGGACGAAACGGCCGUCAAACAGUGCUUUCAGGUUUACCAUGGUGAUCUAGCUUCAAUUGACUCAUGAUUUCAAUCUGUGAGAUGAAUUAAUCAUUGGAUUGAAUUUAUGUGUUUUCUUUUUAAAAUCUAUUCAAAAACACUAUUAUGAAACUACCUUCAAUCUUGAUAUCGGUUUUUCAUGGAAGAUCCAAGUAAUUAAGUGAUAAUAUUUCUAUGUAUGACACUGAGUGAUGAGUUUAAAACCCUCACACAGAGAGAGAAUAUCGGCUACAUUGAAACUGCCGAUACACUUUACUACUGACAAGUUCUCAAGUUUAUGAAACCUUGAUGAUGUAGUGAUUCCUGUCAAGUAAUAAUUAAUCAUCAGACAGAAAAAACACGAUCUAUAUAUUCACGGAAACGGCAUAUAAAGUCAACCAACUUAUUCCACUGGUUAUCUUAGAUUGAAAUUGAUUUUCUUAGAAUGAAAGGGGGGGAGGUAAUGUCAUGUUUUACGUUUUAACUACCGUGACAGUUUUUUUUUUGGUUUGUUUCAUUCUACAUCUGUUAGCCAUCAUUAUGGAUCUAUAGAGAUGGAACAGUUUUUUUCAACCUUAUUUAAAAUUUAUCUAAAGUUGAUCGGUUUAUUUUUACACUUAUCACAUACAGAGAAAGAGAUUUAUCAAGGCAACCAAGAACAGAAUUGAAUAUUAAAACAAUUAAUGUCAUAUGUUUGAGAAUGUCUUCAUGAUAUUUCUAGAUAAAUUCAUAGAUUAUUAUAGUUUUACGGUCAUUAUUCAUACUAUCAAAGGAGAAGUUAUCUUUAUGUUUAGUUUGGUUACUACUCAAUAAAUUUCCAGUUUAUAUAUAAUAUGUUAUGUAUAAUAGUACUUUGAAGUUUCAAGUUAUUAAACUUAGUGUUAUGUAGUUAGUGGUCUUGAGUGCGAUUAGAGGUAUGAGGGUGGUUAUCGAUUCCCGAUUGCCCACACCGUGGAAGGGUUCUUCUAGAGGUAGGUACAUGAAAAGGAACUUGGAUUAGAGGUGGUCUCAGUGACCUGAGAGCGUGACUGUAGUGCCCAAGGGACAACUGCUUGAGUUCGGUCACACACGACCUUUUUAUGAGCAAUUUUUGUGUUAGCUCCGUACUUCUUGAGACCUUACCACCGGAGACGGAUAUCCGUGGGAUAAGGUGAGGUGUAUAUUUUUAGGGUCAACCAUUUCUAACCCCACCCCUCCUUGUGGGAAGACAGCAUCGUUGUCAUGCUAGUUGUCUGAAGGAAAUACCUUACUGCUGUCACACUUCUGUACAGUCAGCUGUACAACUUCGCCUUCGGACCUUGGGUUUGUUGCUAUUAGUCUUACCGCUCUUCAACCAACGUGUCUGACUGGCAUGUUAGGACCUUGAGGAACGAUUGUCGCAGUCAAUAUAACUGUAUUGGUUCAUCACGAUAGGCAAGCCUGACCACCACGUCGAGGUAGCAACAACGGUCGGUGUUAUAUAGUACUUAUGUCGAUAUAAGUAGCUUACACCAUAAUGGAAUUUAACUAGAAUCAUCAAUUUCUUUUUUUAAGUGUACUCUUUUAAAAUUGUGUUAUUCUGAAUUAUUAAACUGUUUAUUUUUAAUUAUAAGUGAACUAACUAUAAAUUGUACUGAUUUUGAUACGUUCAUUUGACUGUGGUUGAAUAAUUAUAUUCAUUCAACUUGGGUUAUAAUAAAAUUGUACUGAAAGUGUUUAACCGAAUGUUAAGUAUAGUCUAAACUGAAUACAUCCUCCUUCCCUCCAUUUUAUGUACUUGUAUAUUGGCGUUAUAUCCUGGUGAGAAUAAUGAAUGGUAACUUUUGGAAUCCAUUUAUGGAUCAUUACUACACGUAUAUUUUUAUCGUAUAAUUGUUAAGUAAUUAAACUAUUCAUAUUCGUGUCCCUCUUGUCAUAAGCUUUAUUUUGACCUAUGAACUGUUAUUAUACGAUUUACCGUUCUUGAGUCGUACUCAGUCUAUUGAUUACUACCUCCCACAUUCACAGCCACACUUGGCUAAAUUUUGUACAAAUGUUGUUUCCUAUUUUAUGGUACGAUGUGGUAUGUUUGAUUUGUAUAUAAACUUAGUAUGUUUGAAAUAAAUGAUUCAUAUUGCAGAGGCUGAGAUUAGUGUCCUGGACUUAACAGGCAGGGCUAGGCGGGAAGAAGGACCGAUAGGGACUCUAGGCUGCUCGUACUUGUCUAAUGCGUUAUUGGUCCAAUCGAUAAUUCACUGGUCUCUAAUUGGCGGUAUCAUUACGUUAUACAUUAACAGGGCACACAGACCACAAGUUAUAACAAUGAGUGUAUAUGACCCAUUAGGGAUCUUAAUAACUGUAUGUUUGCUUCAUAGAAUUGGACUAUACUAUUCAAGUCCUCCUGAAUACCAAUAUAACUUCACAUUCUUCCAAGGUAUAUUUAUUAUUGUGAUUUGUUUAUGAGUGUGUGAGCGCGCGUUUCCAACAGAUCUAAAACAAUACAAUCUAUCAUUUACUCUUAUUUUUUUUUCUAAUGCUGCAUACAUCUGAAAUCUUCAAUCAAUGUAUGAUGAUUAUGUAUUCAUUGUCAUACAUUCUUAAUCAAUCGAAUGUUACAAUCAAUUCUCAAUAGAGCAACAUUAUUGUCAACAUUUUUGUUGUAUCAUUUUGAUAUUGUGACAUUCAGAGAUGAUGCCUUUUUUUCUUUCUUCUUUUUCUUAAAGUAAAUCAAGACUAGGAAAUAUGACACUAUUGAAGUUGUUGUCAUUUCACUUAUCAGAUUGUUAUAUAUUUAUUCAUCUUGUUUCUUAUACAUAUAGUUUUUCAAUGAAAUUCAAUGUUUUCUUCCUUUCAAACAUCAUUAUUGUUUUUCUCGUGUACUACAUAUAGAGAGAUGUGUAUCUGUCUAUGUAAAACUAUCUUCAACUAUAUGUGUAUACAUGUUCAUUUAAACAUAUCUCUUUUGUCACUGGUUGAAAUCAUGAGUCAAUUGAAGCUAGAUCACCAUGGUAAACCUGAAAGCACUGUUUGACGGCCGCUUCGUCCUAGUAUGGGACUCAUCAGCAGUGCGCACCCACGAUCCCGCAGCCCGCGGGAUUCGGGCCCAGGGCCUAUCAGUCUCACGCCAAGCGCUUAACCAACUAGACCACUGAGCCGGUAUCCAAUGGUGUCAAUGUCUAACUUCAACCAAUCCACGAAGUUGCGCUACCGUAUACAAUUGUCUUCAGUGAGCUGAUACCUGACAACAGACCUGGUUAAACUCCACUGGUCACUGCUUCUCACUAGAACUUCAGGAUAUAUCUUUUGAAGUUAGUCACUACUGAGCUGAGGAGUCCCACAAUGGGACGAAACGGCCAUCCAUUGUUUCCAGGUCUCCCAUGAUGGUCUAGCUUCAAUUGACUCAUGAACUCAACUGUUGAAAUUGUUAUUAUUGUUAUUAUGGUCUAGUAAGUACUACUUAUUUUCAUGUCUCUUAUCAAUAGUGCGUGUAUACAUACAUCGAUGUAUACAUUGAAUAUUAAGUGUAUUGUAAGUAUUUCUAGGUGGUUUUUUUGGAAUUUAAUAAAAUUUCAAUUUGUUUCUCUCAAAAAUAAAAAGUACUAGAUGGUCGGAGAUAUUUCUAUUUUGUCAGGCAUCUAAAUAAUUAUGAUAAUACAUAAUGUUAUGCUCUAUUAUCUUAUAGAUUAGAUCUUUAGAUCAAAUGUAUGGCUCUUUAAGCAAACCAUCUGCUUCUAUUUUGAGCACCUAGGCAAUAGAACAGCCUUCAUAUAAAUCAAAUGAUGAAGUGUGGCAUACAUAUAUUUAUAAUGACUCUUUGUACCCUUGUUUAUAUAUUUAACUAAACAAAAUAAAGUAAUACAUGUAAUUGCUAAUCAUAAUAAUCAUAACCUAGACAAUUGAUGUAACUCUUAUUGAUAAUAACAUCUAAACACUUACUAAAUUGUUUAUUUUAUAUACACUUAUAUACACUACUUAUUAUUUACUAGAUACUAUACUCACUUUAUUCAUUUUGAUGAAUAUAAGUAUUUUGUUGUUUUGCUGUGUUUGCACCUUACAAAAAAACAAAUACAUCUAUACAUAGUGAGUAAUAGAUGAGAAAGCACUUUGUUUGUGUUUGUGUGUAUGUGUGUAUUAAUUGAAGUAAUACAUACAUUUUAAAUAAUACACAUACACAUAUAUAUAACCUUUGGAUAUUCCCCCUUAUUUUUAUGGAGUAUCAUAUUUGUUAUCUCUGAAAUCUGAUUAUACUAUUAGUGCUAAGAUGGCUAUAUAUAAUAUCAAAAUUGUUUAUAUCAAUAGUUGAGAUCAUGAGUCAAUUGAAGCUAGACCAUUAUGGAAAAUCUGGAAGCACUAGAUAGCUGUUUCGUCCUAUUAUGGGACUCGUCAGCAGUGCGCAUCCACAACUCCGCUUCGUGGGAUUUCAACCCAGGACCUAUCGGUCUCGCACGCAAACGCUUAAACACUAGACCACUGAACCGGUCGGCAUCCUACUGUGUCAAUGUCUAACUUCAAUUAAUCCACGAAAUUGAGCAACACAUCCACCAUCGUCAUCAGUGAGUUACUAUCUCACAACUGACCCAGCUGAACUCCACUGGCCAUCGCUUCUCACUAGAACUUCAGGAAAUACCUCUUGAAGUCAGUCACUAGUGAGCAUAUGUUGAUUAGUAACAGAAGGAUGUUUUUGUGGAUAUCAUGAGUCAAUUGAAGCUCGACCAUCAUGGAAUUUAUUGUAAAAAGUUAUUUUCAUAUGAAUCAUCCAUACCAUAAGGCAUAUAACUGUGAUAUUCUUAUCAAUCUCCUUAUCCUCUUAUUCUCUCUUUUAUUUUCCUAUCAUCUCAAUAUGUAUAUACAGAUUUUACAUUGUAUUGACUUAAUUUCCAAACUUUUAAUGAGAAAAAAGUUAUGAUCAAGACAGAUUAUACCUACAUAUCCACAUACAUACAAAUUUAUUUAUUUAUUUAUUUAUUUAUUUAUUUAUUUAUUUACUUACUUACUUACUUACUUACUUACUUACUUACUUACUUACUUACUUACUUACUUACUUACUUACUUUACUGACGCCUUCGAUAUUAAACAUUGUUAUUACCCUCCCACUAAUUUUGCAUGUCUCUUACAUACAUUUCCUAUCUUCUUUUACUAUUCAUAUAGUUUCUAAUUCUAACAAUAUAAAGUUUUUUAUUGAUAUGCAUCUUCAACUAGCUCGUCUCUUUUACAUUUUAGUUUGAUUCAAAUGCAUAAUGUAAACAUUGAUGAGCAUUUUCCAACUGUUCCAUGCAUUAUCCUCUUUAAUAUAUGUAUAUGCGCAUUCAUAAUUAUCUUUAAUUUAUUCUAUAUUUCUUUUAUAUUAUAAAAUAAUUGGGCAUGUUUUAUAAUUAAAAAGAACAUCAGUAAACUAUAUUGAGUUCAAUUGAUGCAUGUGUUUAUUUCAUCAUUAAACUAUCUGGUCCACUUAAUUUUUUUGUCUUUAAAUUUUCUUACUACUGAAUUCAGGAUAUAAGUAUAUGUUUAUAUCCAAAUGGAAUUUAUAGAUUUCUCUUAAAUAAUUUAGUAUAUGUUAUCAAUUCAGUAGUAUUUCUUUACAUCAUAAAUUAUCCUAUAGAGGUAAGUUGAUAAAUUGCAAACUACUCAAGCUUCCUCUGAACGGUUAGGUUUUCUUUUGGAUUUUUUGUUUUAGAUAAAUACAUACAGAUUAAGAAAUAGAAUAGGUAAAUGAAUAGAUCUAGUACAAAUGGAAUAGCUUGAUAAUGUCUAGUUGUAAAGAUCAUUCACAUAGAAUCCAAGAAAUAAUAAUCAUGACUAGUAUUGAAUAUUAAAUUUGUUCUAUGAUAUACAAAUGUUUAUGUCACAUUUGAGGGGAAACACGGAAUACAAUGGACAGCUCAGAACCAAUUAGACGAUUUGGACUUCGCAGAUGACCUAGCCCUCCUAUACCAUACACACGAACGAAUGCAGAUAAAGACAGCCAGUUUAGCAGCAGUCUCUGCAUCAGUAGGCCCCAACAUACACAAGGGAAAAACCAGGGUCCUCAUAUACAACACGGAGAACACCAAUCCAAUCACUCUUGAUGGCGAAACUCAGGAAGAUGUAGAAUCCUUCACAUACCUGGGAAGCAUCACGAUGAACAAGGAGGCUCAUAUGCAGACGUAAAGGCAAGGAUUGGCAAAGCAAGGGCCACAUUCCUACAAUUGAAGAACAUAUGGAACUCAAAACAACUUCCAACCAAUAUCAAAGUGAGAAUCUUCAAUAGCAACAUCAAGGCAGUUCUACUGUAUGGAGCUGAAACUUGAACAACUACUACAACCAUCAUCAAGAAGAUACAAGUAUUUAUAAAUAGCUGUCUUCGCAAGAUACUCAACAUCCAUUGGCCGGAUACCAUCAGCAACAGCCUACUGUGGGAGAGAACAAACCAACUUCCAGCUGAAGAAAUUAGGAAAAGACGUUGGAAAUGGAUAGGACAUACAUUAAGGAAAUCAUCAAACUGCAUCACGAGGUAAGCCCCAACUUGGAAUCCUGAAGGGAAGCGGAAAAGAGGAAGGCCAAAGAACACAUUACGUCGGAUAACAGAAGCAGAUAUGAAAUGGAUGAAUAACAACUGAAAGUAGCUGGAAAGGAUUGACCAGGACAGGAUUGGAUGGCGAGUGCUGGUGAGCGGACUAUGCUCCUCCACAAGAAGUAACAGACUUAAGUAAGUAAUAUGCCUUAAAUUAUGUUUUUAAACAACAAUAGCAACAACAACCAAUCGAUUAAUCAGGUUUGUUUUAUUUUCAUAUCCAUGCCAAGAUUUUUUUCUUGUUUUCUUAUUAUCAAUUCACUAGAAUCGAUGUAUUUUAUCUUUACCAUAAUCGGUGAAAUAAUCAUUUAACUCUCAUCUCUUUCAUCGCUUCUUUAUAAAUUAGCUUAAACCUAAAUGUACAUUACUUAAUGUUAAAUAUUCGAAAACUGUUUAUGACAUGAAUUGUGUUUACAGUUUGUGUGUAUGUGUGUGUGUGUGUGUCUGUUUAUUAAAAAAGAAAAACAUCCAUGUUAACUAAAUCAUCAACAAAAAAUGAUGGUGAUGAUGACAACGAAAGCAAGUUUCUUGAUGAUGAUGAUGAUGAUGACGUAAGUAUUUGUCUUUGAUAAAGAAGAUGAAAUGAAGGAAAUAAAUAGAAAACUUAUUGCAUAACUUGUUUAAGAAAGUGUUUGUUUGUUUUCUCUUUAAAAUUAAUUUUCGAAUUGUUUUAUCUAUAUAUGUUUAUAUCAAUAGGGGUAUUACUGAAAUACUGACUUACGCCUGUUACCCCUCAUGGGGAAGCAUAAGCCACUUCCCCCCCAGCAUUCUUCAUCCAAAUCUGGUUUGGACAAUACUUUUCAGUUGUUAUUCAUCCUUUUCAUAUCUGUUUCCAAUUCUCUGUGAAGUGUGUACUUUGGCCUAUGUCUUUUCCGUUUCUUUUCAGGAUUCCAAGUUAGCACUUGUCUCGUCAUGCAGUUUGAUGAUUUCCGUAAUGUAUGUCCUAUCCACUUCCAACGUCUUUUCCUAAUUUCCUCUUCAGCUGGAAGUUGGUUUGUUCUCUCCCACAAAAGGCUGUUACUGAUGGUUUCCGGUCAACGGAUUUUGAGUAUCUUGUGUAGAUAGUUGUUGAUAAAUACUUGUACGUUCUUGAUGAUGCUUGUAAUAGUUGUUCAAGUUUGAGCUACGUGCAGGAGAACUGUCUUGAUGUUCGUAUCGAAGAUUCUAACUUUAAUUAGGAUCUAGAUAAAGUUGAACUGGAUAAAUAGAAAAUAGAUGGAUCCAUAAUAUUUUUGGUGGAGACAACAAGUAAUCAACUAUUUUAAUGUAUACAUUAUUUAUUUAUGUAUAAAUCUACUUAAUUAACUAAAUGAUUGAAUACAUGGACUGUAUGCCGAAUUAAAGACAUCAGACUACUAUUAGUGCUAGAAAAGGUUCUCAACAGAGUGUCGUUGGACCGGAUGAAAGACUCAAUAGACGCCAAACUUCGAAAUCAACAAGCUGGAGUUCGUAAGGAUCGAUCGUGCACAGACCAAAUCGCGACACUACGGAUCAUCGUUGAACUGUCAAUUGAAUGAAACUCGUUACCAUAAAUCAAUUUUCUUGAUUAUGAGAAAGCAUUUGACAGUGUGGAUAGGAGAACAUUAUGGAAAUUUCUUCGAUACUAUGGAGUACCUAUGAUAAUCGUCAACAUCAUCAGGAAUUCAUACGACGGACUACACUGCAAAGUCGUGCAUGGAGGUCAGCUGACAGACACAUUCCAUGCAAGGACCGAUGUCAGACAGUACUGUCUACUGUCACUUUCUUCUAGUGGUUGACUGGAUUAUGAAGACUUCCACAUUUGACGGGAAGCACGGUAUACAUUGAACAGCUUAGAUGCAACUAGACGAUUUUGAAUUCAUCGAUAACCUAUCCCUUCUAUCCCAUGCACAUCAACAAAUGCAGGUUAAGACAGCUAGUGUAACAGAAGCCUCUACUCCAUCAGGCUUCAACAUACACAAUGGUAAAAGCAAGAUCCUCAAAUACAACACAUUAAGCACCAAGUCAAUCACACUUCAUGAAGCAACUCUGGGAAAUGUGUCAACUUUCACGUAGCUGAAAAGCAUCAUCGAUAAACAAUGAGGAUCUGAUGGAGAUUCAGAUGCUAACUUGGAAUCAUGAAGGGAAACGGAAAAGAGGAAUGCCAAAGAUUACACUGCACCAGGAAUUGGAAGCAGAUAUGAAAAGGAUGAAUAGCAAUUGGAAAGAACAAAGGAGGAUUGCUCAGGACAAAUCUCGAUGGAGAAUGCUGGUGAGCGAACUAUGGUUCUCCAUGAUGGAUAAUAAGCAUAAGGAAGUAUGUACGUUAAAUUAAAUAAUAAUCCAAGAAAAUAAAUGUAUUAAUGCUUCGGUAUGUUUGUAAAUUAAUCAUUACUCUACACAGGUUUAUGAAUAAACUCAAGUUAAAAAGUACCGGUGCUUCCAAGUUUUCCAUGGUGAUCUAGCUUCAAUUGAUUCAUGAUCUCAAUUGUUGAAACUUUUGUUUGUGUGUAUUUGUGUUUGCGCAUUGAUUAUCUUACUCUCCUAAUUAUCAUUGUGUCAGAGUGAACGAAGUUUCCGCUCAUUAUAUUCAUAAAACUUGUUAAGGUGCCAACGAAAUCACACACACACACACACGCACAUAUAUAUAUAUAUAUAUAUAUACCUCUUUCUGUAAUCAUAGUUGUACAUGUUCAACUUGUCAACUUUACUCGAUUGUUUUAAUUGUCAAAUUAAUUAUUUGAAAUGAUUACACUUUGAAAAGGAAAAGAAAAGGAAAGUAAAGUAUAAUCAAGUAACAAUAGAGAAAUUCUUGUAUAAAGUUGUCAAAUUUUAAUUUCGAUUAAAAUAUCCAAUAUUGAAAGGAUGACUUCAAUUGAUCAACUUAUUAAUUUGAUAAUAAUAAUAAUAAUAUGUUUUUGAUUAAGAUCAUGAAUCGAUCAAUGUUAGACUACUAUUGAACAUUUAGAAGUACUAGAUGACUGUUUCGUUCUACUACAGGAUUUCUCAUCAGUGCUCUUAUCCACGAUCCUGCAUACAGGAUUUGAAUGUAAGAUAUUUGGUCUCGUGCAACAAUGCUUAACUUGUAGACUGUUGAACCGGCAUCUAACGGUAUUAAUGCCUAAUCUCAACUAUACCGCGAAAUUCUGCGACUAUGUUUUAUGGUUUUCGAUAGAUAACUUCCUUAUACUCGACACAGAUUAGCACCAUUGUUCACGACUUCCAAGUAUUCAAUAGUAGUCAAAGAUUGAUCUAUUCAAGAUCUCAAUAAUCUCUACAACAUAUGUGUUGAAUUGAAGGUGAUAUAAUUGUAUAUCCAUUUCCAAUACAUUUUCAUCUAAUCAUAUCAACGCUUUUCACUUUCUAAUUACUCAUUAAUUCCAUCCAAAACAUUAACGCUAACAAAAAAAACAAAACAACAAAUAUAUAACCUUCUCAUUGUAUUCGCCAUUCUACAACUUCUAGUAUUUGGACAAAAUAACUUUCAUCAUUUACUAACAGUAUUCAAAGAGUUACUUUAAUUACGUACAACUCAUGUCAUUAUUUUAUCUUGCCUAAAUUACUUACUUAAGCGUGUUACUUGCAAUGGAGCAUAGGCCACCGACCAGCAUUCUCCAACCCACUCUGUCCUGGGCCUUCGUUUCCAAUUCUAUCCAAUUUUUGUUCAUUUUUCUUAUGUCUGUCCCCGUUUCUCGAAGUAAUGUGUUCUUUGGUCUUCCUCUUUUCUUUUAGCCUUGAAACGGUAUUGCCUAAAUAUAACCUCUAAAUUAUAAGUAUACAUUCAACACUUAUUCAUAUUCACAUAUCCUUUAUUUACAACUGGAAACUGAUCGAUCUGUGGUUAUUUAUUUUAUUUAUUUAUUUGAACACAUAAAUAUUGGUACAAACGGAGCACCGAAUACAUAUGCGCCACACACAAGUCACUUGAUUUGUGUGUGAGCUGUGAUAUUGACCGGGUGCUCGGACUGAAUCAGGUGGUUUCCUUAGGGAGUCACACCCAGAGUCUUCGACUCCAAGGUUUAAUCCACAAGGUGGUGGAGCAGUGUUACGUGGCCAGUAACCAACAACAUGUUUAUACGCCAUUCAUUCCUUUAGGAUCAUAGAACCCAUCUUACAUCAUUGGUUUGGAAUCAGGGUUUUCUAACUCAUGUAGAUGGAUCCAUCGUAUCCAUUAACCUGAUUAAAACGCCGGACAUUCGGUUUUUAUCCUCUCAAUUUCAUAGAUUAGAGCACUUGACCUUAAACUGAUUGAAUUACAGUUUUGAACCAUGCUUUAUACAGAUCUGUUUAGAUAGUUUAGUAGGGUAGUAUCAUUAAUUCUCAUACAAUUAAAGUGUAUGAAUUAUUAUUUACGACUGAAUCGAAGUAUACACUUCCUCUAUUAUUGUUAUUUUAAUAAUGGAAUCUAAGAUACAUGUUUACUAGAGUAUUAAUGUUAACAAUUGAUUCUACUGUUAACUAUAAUCCAAGUAUAAUGUAACUUGUAACAAACAAACAAAAAAAUGUCUAUCACUAGACAAUUAGCUCAACUUACUUACGCCUGUUUUAAUUAAAUAUUGAAACUACAUGAUAACUAUGACUGAAAUUUACCGAAAAAGUAUUGGAACUUUGAUUUCUUAUAGAGUCAUAUUGUAAUCAUACUCUUUUCCCUCCUACAUUUCCUCUCUCUUUCUCUCUCGCUCUGUGGGUGUGUGUGUGUGUUACCAUGUGAACAUAACAGGUGUCAAUUGAUCUUAUUUUCUUAUUAGUGAUGAAACUAUUUAGAUCUAUUGAAUGAUAAGAUGGAUAAUUGUGUAACACUAGAAUUAUUUUAUUUGUGUUAUCACAGUGGAUUGUUUUAUCAUACAUUCUUUCUUGUAUGAAUUCAACCAUAACUUGCGUGUGUGUGUGUGUGUGUUGUGUGUACGUACGUACGUGCGCACGCGUUUGUACGUUUUAUUGUGUAUACAAUUUUUAGUUAUAUAGUUUAUAGUUGAAAUGUAAAAGAAAAAAAUCAACUUUGAAAAUUGGAUUUCAUUUGUUAACAUGGCAACAAUACUAACUAAUUGUGUUACUUAUCCAUUUUAUUUAUUACCUUUUUGUCAAGUUUAUUUCUAACGCCAUGGUGUCUGUGUGUGUGUGUGUGAUCGUGUUUCUGUUUGUGUUUGUGUGUGUGUGUACUUUUACAAUAUUACUAAACAUAGCCGAUAGCAGAACAUAUUGCAGAGAAUGUGUUGUUUUAAUAAUUGAAAUGAUACUAAUUCUUCAAAGGAGUAAGUAUAUAAUAUAUAUAUAUGUUUAAUAAAACAUAGUCACUAAAUAAUUAUAUACAAUUCCACUUGACGACAUUCUUUGUUUUAUCAAUAUAGGAUUGUAGAGAUUGUUGAAUAUAUAUUUAUGUCAUGAAUGUGUUGACUACGAUUAAAAAGCUGGAAGUAGUAGUAGUAGGACGAUCGUUUCGUCCUAAUAUAGGACUCCUCAGCGGUGCGGGAUUCUGUUUUUUUUUCACAAAAAAAUUAAGUAUAAUUAUACCCAAGUUUGACUUGAUCAUUGGAUGAAUUGUUUAUAUUAAAACAGUGAUCGUAUAUAUUUGUUGAAUCCCAAUGAGUAGAGCAUUCAAUUGGUGAUGUUUUUUUCCAGUUUAAUGUAUGUCGCUUCUUCAGGUGAAUAAACAAACGUAUAUGAAGGAAAAUUCUCCCUUCACCCACCAAAAAAAUGAACCGAUUUCCUUCACCAACUGGAUAAUCAUGUCUUUGGCUGGUGACCUUUUACGAGUUAACUUUUUGAAAGUUUGUUGUGAGAAUUUAUAACUGUUGGAGACUAACUUACUUACAAUUGGAUUGAUCAUUAAAUGAGCACCAGUGACUUCUCUACAAUCACUACUGGAAUAACUCAACGAUAAUGUUUCAAAUUUUGAAGCUGGGAAUUUCGGUUCCAUCAAGAUUAUCGGACCUUGGGUUAGCUGCUUUUAGUCUUACUGCUCUUCAACCAACCUGUGUGGCAUGAUAGAACCUUGAGGAGUGAUUGUUCCAGCCAGUAUAGCUCGAUUGGUUCAAACUAAUACGAAACCUAGAAUGAAAAGGAUUUCUUACUGACUAUCUCUUACUACCCAACAUUUCAGUGAAAUUCAACUAUAUGUCACAAAUAACUCUUAGGGAUGAUCGUGGGCAAUAUAUUUAAUAAAGUUAAUACUAUAAAUCACUAGGAUAACACUUUCCAUAGAACCUUAAAGAUCUUUCGUAGGGUCAUAAAUGCAUAUUGUUAAAGUCUUAAACGAGGAUUAGACAGUUGUUUGUCAGUGCUCCUUGGUUUUCAAUAGUUGUCUAACUGAAAUUACUUUGAUAACAGUAAUAAACAGAUUUUAUAGCUAAGCAGUUAAUGUCUAGUACGUUUAUUGUAGAUGGAUCGUAACUGUUAUUCAAUAAUAUUUAUCAAUGACUUCAUCAAUAUUUAUAAUAUGUUUGGACUUUGUAAACAAUAACCAUUCUAUAAAUCAUUGUUGAUCUAAAUUCUUAACUGAAAUUUUCCAUAUUGAAUUAUAUACAUCAGCUUUGAUUAUUGUAGAAAGUUAAGGGUGAAUAAACUAAUACGUGACAUCAGUCUAUAAAAUGCACUUAUUUCUGGUCUAAAUCAUGUUGGUAGAUGCAAUCUACUUGAUUUAAGGUCUUCACGACUUUGGGUGACAUGGUACAGAAUCGAUCAUAAUGGCGUAGGUGUAUACACUCUUUGUCUUCACUUAAACUGUAAAAUUAAAAUUACUUUAUGCCUUUCUUUCUACAAACUAAUUCUUUCUUCCUGUACUAUAUCCCUAUACAUAAUCUGUCUUUUAUAUAUUAAUACCAUUGAAGUAAUUACUUCUAUGAAUUUGGUGUUUACCUUAUAGUGCUUAUGAGGUAUGGCAAUUUGAACUGAUGCGUAUAGGUUCUACGUUGUGGAUGACUAGUUGACUGACACUCGAAAGGGGGGUCUUACAUUUUCUCAUUGUUCACAUAUGAUUGUUUCUCUAAUAUUCUUAUAAUGAUUACGAUGAGUUGCGUAAUCUCUCUCUCACUCCCUCACUCUUUGUUUAUUGCCGUUUAUCAAAAUAGACUUUGUGUUAGGCUAGUUUUGAUGACAGCUGUAAUUCGUUGUUUGUUUGUUUAUCUGUUUAAACUAUUCAGAAUUGAUUACUGCUACGACUAUCAAUAAGGCAUAUGGUCGCAUGUAUCACAAUAUUGCUUAUCUUAUCUUUGUAUAAGUUACCAACUCCGAUAUAGAUGGGGGGGACAAUGAUUUCAUUUUAUACAAUAUGUGUAAUAUGUAAAGAUGAUGUAGGAAUGACGAAGCAAACGAAUCCUGUCUUAGUUACGUAGACUAGCCAGAUGUUUAGAUAUUAUUUUGUUAAAUGUAUUUAAUCACAUAGAUAUGUAAACAUCAUUAAGAGUUAAAGAAUUUUUCCACAAAUAAUAAAAUCUUUUUUUGUUUCUUUUUUUGUUGUUGUUGCUUAUCUCCUACUUGCUUCCAAUCAAUAAUAUUGAUGAAACCUAUUCUACUUAUCAUCAGAUGAAAGUGGUCGAUGCAUUCCGUAUGGGACUUGGACCACAUAUUGAUUUGGAGCAACGUAGAAGUAUUGGUUCAUUGGCAUUUAGACAACGUCAAAAUUCUAGUAUUGAAUACGUGGAUGCUGAUGCUCCGGAUGAAUCUUAAUUAUAUCUAUCUGUUUAAAUACGCUUAUGCGUUUAUGUUUGUAUGAAAGCAUGAGCAUCGAUAUUGAUGUCAGCGCUCGAUAUAUUGAUUAAACACUAUACAGAAUUAUACCUUUUUAAUCCAUACUUUACCCUAAUAGAUAGUUGAUCAUAUCAAUUAUUAUAAAGACCUAAACAUAUGCGAAAUUUGUAUUUCUUUCCUCCAUAUAUACAAAAUCUCCCUAUCUCUCUCUCUCUCUCUUUCUGAUACACACACAUCCACACAUAAGCUACAACUCUCUACGUCCGUGUAUGUGUGUGUGUGUGCGGGUACGUGCUCAAUUUUCUUAAAUAAACGGUAUGUAAUUAGCAUUAUAUUGUUGAUGUUGCCAUUGUCUCUGCUGUUAUUGUUGUUUAUUCUUAUUUUCAUGAAUUGAUGAUCCCUCCUUCCAAUAUUGAUAUACUAUAUAUACACAUGUAAUGAUAGACAAUAUGUAUUACAUACAUUUUAUUUUCGCUUUAAGGUAACGUUGUUCUUGUUGUUGUUGUUGUUGUUGUCGUCGUCGUCGUUAUAUUGUUCGUUUGUUAUUUCCUCAAUCUUUCAUCUUCAUUCAGUUCUUCGGUUGUUUGUUUGGUCGUUUGCUUUUCUUCGUUCUCUUCUCUCUUUUCUUUUUCUUUUUGUUGCCUAUAUUGAUUAUUAUUUCUCUAUUUUGUUUUUCUCUUUAAUAUUUUAUAAGAGAAUUAAUAAUUCAAGAGAUUAUUUGUAUUAUUGACAAUGUUACUUUAAUUUCUCAUUUGAUUUUAUUCAAUAUUAUAAUUAGUUUUUAAAAAGAAUUUUUUUUAAAUUCUGGCCUAUUAUUAGUAGUAUAUUAAUAGUAGUAUUGUAACAAGGUAUUCAUUGUUGCCUUUUUUUUUCUAAAAAAAAAUCAUCAAUAAUUGAUCCAAUAAUGAUCAUAUUUCUCUUGUCUUUUUUUAUUGAAAUGAACCCGUUUCUUAUCCCUCUGUCUCUAUCUCAUGCAUAUAUAUAUUUGUACAGUGUGUUGUUGUGCGGACUCGAAUCAUGAGAUUUGCUAAUGUUCUGUACUCCCCCCUCUCUCUCUGUCCCUUUGUGCGUGUAUGUCUAUCUGUCUCCAUCCUUCUCUUUGGAACUACUGCUAAUUUAAUCCGUUUUGAUUUCGUCUGAUCUCUUUUUUUCUUUGAGUAUUCGAAAUACUACUGAUCUAUUUUAUUUACGUAUAUGUUUGUUUACACAAAAUGGAGAUAUAACCAAACAAGACCUGAUUACAUAGUUUCUCCUUUAUAUUAUAUAUAUAGGUGUAUGAUGAUUUGUGUUUGUUAUUGUGUGUGUGUGUGUAUUCACUAGUGCCGAUGAACGAAUUGCUUUUUGCUCUCUUUUUUUUGGCUUCGUUUCCUUAUUUUUUUAAAACAAACAACUUAACAGUAUUCACAAGAAACCAAUGGUAUACGUCAAUAAAUGAAUUUCCUCUUUUUUUUUCUGGUUAACGAAUUUAUUAUUUCACUUCAACAACUAAGUUUUUUCGCGUCACACACCACUCAUACACACACACACACCCCUUUACAUCAAUUUAGUUACCCUCUAUAUUUUUUUGCUAAUAAGAAAUAAACUUGUGCAUAUGCAAAGUGAUAUGCACACAUGCAAGUUGAGUAUGUAUAUUGUAUUCAGUUUGUCUCUAUCGUAUUCAUAGGUACGACUACUACUACUACUACUACUACUACUACUACUACUACUUCAGUAAUUCUACUUUUGAAGAGUUAUUUAUCAUGUGUUGUGUUUAUGUUGUGAAAUGAACAAGUCUAAGAUAUUUUCAAGGAAGAAAAAAUCUUUAUCAGAAUUAUUGCAGAAGUGUUUGUUUACUCCCACCGCCACCACCACCACCACCACCAUCCCCUUACACACACAUUGACAGUAGUUGUCAAUAUGAUGAAUUGAUAUCUCACAAUGUUCAUUUUCUCUUUUUCUUUAAUUUUUUUUCUGCUUAAUCAUUUGAUUACCCAUAUUUCCAGUCCUUAUUUACCCCUCUGCCUCUCAUUCAUGUUUACAUGAAGCUGCUUAUGUAUGUAUGCAUGUAUGUAUGUAUGUAUGUAUGUAUGUACGUGUGUUAAUUUGUGUAUAUUCACAUAUUCAAUACAUGUGAACUAGACAUCAUUCAUUCUUCUUUCAAUCUUCAUUAUCCUCAUUUUGUUUUAUGAAUUAUGUAAUAAUGAAGGGGUGGGAUGUUUCUUUAUUAUCAAUCAAUCCCUUCUUCUAAAUGUUAUUAUACCAGGGUUAUCAUAAUUUAAAUGAAUUUUUAAUAAUAAAUAAACUCAAAUUAGUUGCCUUGUUUUUCAUAAAUACAAAAAUGCAAUCUAUUUCCAUAUUACGAUCAUGUGUAAUUUUAUAAUGGUGCAUAUUGUACGAUCUUCUUGCUCAAAUACAGGUAUAUAUAUAUAUAUAUAUAUAUAUAUAUAUAUAUAUAUAUAUAUAUAUAUAUAUAUAUAUAUAUAUAUAGAAUGCGUCAAUAUACCUGUUGUUUAAUGUUUAAUCAUUUGAAUUCAUACUCUUACACUUUACAACCUUCUUUUAUGUGUGUAUAGUUCUUGUACUUCUAUACGUUCACAAGAGGUAUUCUAUGUGUGUGUAUGUGUUUGUCUGAGUGAAUGUUUUUCUUUUUACAACAUGUUUAUUUCUCCCUCUCCCACCCCUUUCUUUCUUUCUCUCUCUCUCUCUCUCUGUCAAUUCAAUUAUGUUUACAUGUCAUAGUUACAAUAAGGAAAUUCAUUUAUCACACAUUAUUAAUAAAUAAAUCAAUCAAUAAAAAGAAGUAAACAAUCGAUAAAUGAAAAACACACACACAAUGAAAAUGAAUGGUUAGAAUUAAAAAAAAACAGAAAAAAAACAAAUCAGUGACAAUGGUAUUAACCGCCUAUUACCUACAACUCAUUAUUAUUAUUAUUAUUACUGCUGUUCUAAGGUAAACAAUGUUUGUUACAUUAUUAUUAUUAUUAUUAUUAUUAUUAUUAUUAUUACUAAUACUGUUAUGUUUUAUUAUUACUAUAAUUAUUAUUGAUUUUUCACAAAUACACUUCCUAUCCAAACUACUAAUCACACCCACUACCCUAUUGAAUCAUUUAUUGAUCAAUAUUAUUUUUUUUUGCUCUCUCCCAGUUUUUUGUUGCACUAAAAUUAACUAAAACAAACAACAACAAAAAAAAGAAAAGAAAAGCAAAAAUAAACUUCUAUGAUUGCUCGUUUAUUUCAAUUAUGAAUAAUGAUAAUAUUGUAUUGUUAAUAAUAUGAAUACCAUUACUUCUAUUAUAAUUAAUCUCUUUAUGUUCUUCUUCUUUUUCUUUCUUUCUUUUUUUCUUCUUUAAUUUGACUUUGUUUCAUGGAUGAAAACAAUUAGAGAAGUGAGAUGGUUGAAGGGGAGUGUGUAUAAUGAUUUCUAACAGUAUCUAAUCAAAUGGAAAGUGAUUUUCAUUUUAAGUUGAUGAAUUUAACACUAUAAAACUGUCAAUAGUUAGGCUGUAUUCAGAUUAAAUAGUAGAGAUGACUGAGUUCAUGUACUUAUUUUGCUUCCUUCCUUCCUUCCUUCCUUCCUUCCUUCCUUACUUACUUACUUACUUACUUACUUACUUACUUACUUACUUACUUACUUACUUACUUACUUACUUACUUACUUACUUACUUACUCACUUACUUAC